AUGUCUGAAAGUACUAGCCCUAGUGUUUUAAGUUAUCUAAGACAAUAUAGGUUUCAGCGGAAACCUACUCCUGGUUCCAGCGGAUCUAUGACUGUAACAUCAGCACCAAUGUCUAAUCAACAAAUCCGCAUGCCAGCACCAAAUACAGCAAACAGAAAUGGACCAAUAGUUUACAAACGCAUCAGAAUACAGGACUCUGAUUCUGAUGACCCUGCAUCUCCAGCCAAGAAGCCUGUCGUAGAACUCACUACAGCAGUUAAGGAGAGAAGAUUUAGGAACAUGCUGGAAAUGUUUCCUGAUAUAUCUCCAUUAUUUAUAAAAAAUACCCUAGUGAAGCAUGGAUGGAAUGAAGAGAGAUCGCGUGAUGAACUGCUCAAACACGACCCAGAAAGUGACGAGAAAGCCUCUCCGUCCUUCUUUGCCUCUCGACCAGGGUUUUCUGGUCAAAUGCCAAGAUCUAAUGGUAUGGGCAUUGUAAGAGUGACUAGUGGACCUAGUGUGGUCGUCAGAAAGCCUAUAGCCUCUAAAGGUGGUCGGGCAAGACGUGGUAGUAGUGGCAGUGAAGAUGAUGAUUAUGGUGUUCGGAAGGGCAAGGAUGAUAAGGUUUAUGAUAGUGAUGACUCAGAUAAUGAAAUUACUGAUGAUCUAGGAGGUGAUAAGCGGAAAGUAUUUGAGUUCUUAAACACUAGCAGCAUGAAUGAGCUCUCACUCCUCAGUGGGUGCUCUCAGAAGAAGGCCGAAGCAAUAAUUGCCCAAAGACCUUUUAAAGGAUGGUUAGAUAUGGUGGAAAAGUUCAACAACAACAAAAUGUUAAGCACGGAUCUCCUGAACGCGACCCAAGAGCUGCUCUGCACGAGGAACAACAUCCAGCGGCUGAUGAAGAAGUGUGUGGGGCUCGCGCAGCAGUUGGAGGCGGCGGUAGCGGCCGGCGCGGGCAGGCUUAAGCAGCCCGCCAUACUGGAUGAGAGCUUGAAACUCGCACCAUACCAGUUGGUAGGGCUCAACUGGUUAGCAGUGCUGCACAAGCAGGGUGUCUCCGGCAUCCUGGCAGAUGAGAUGGGUCUCGGCAAAACUGUCCAGGUGAUAGCCUUCCUCGCUCACUUGAAGGAGACCGGUCAAGCGAGGGGCACACAUUUGGUUGUUGUACCAGCGUCUACUUUAGACAAUUGGAGUGGCGAGCUAGAGCGUUGGUGUCCGGCGCUGCGCGUCAGCAAGUACUACGGCAACCCGGAGGAGAGGCGGCAGCUCAGGAUAGAGUACUCUCGUGGGCUCGACAAGAUCGAUAUUGUUCUUACUACAUACACAAUGGUGAGCAGUUGCCCGGAGGAGCGCAAGAUGUUCCGCAUCACGCCCAUGCACUACGUCAUAUACGAUGAAGCUCACAUGCUCAAGAAUAUGUCCACCCAGAGAUAUGAUAAUUUGCUUAAAAUUAAGUCCAAGCACCGCCUCCUAUUAACGGGCACGCCGCUACAGAACAACUUGAUAGAACUGAUGUCGUUGCUGUGCUUCGUGAUGCCGCACAUGUUCUCCGGCAAGACAGAGGAUUUGAAGAACUUGUUCCAGAAGAAUUCGAAAGCAAAAACAAAUAAAAAAACAAAUGGUAACACUGAGGACGAUGUUCCUGCAUUUGAACAAAGUCAAAUAACUCAAGCCAAGCGUAUAAUGAAGCCAUUCGUCCUUCGGAGGCUCAAAAGGGAUGUGCUUCAAGACUUGCCGAAGAAGACCAACCAUACAGAAUUAUGUCCCAUGUCAGAGAAACAGCAGAGGCAGUACAAGGAGCUCAUUGCCGGGUUCUCCGCUAAGGAUGGCACUAUCCACGCAACAACAGAGCAAAGUGGCAUAUCAAUGAUGAUGGACAUGCGCAAGUUGGCCAACCACCCGCUGCUGCUGCGCUACCACUACGACAUGGCGGCCGCGCGCAAAAUGGCCGCUCGCCUCGCUCGCGAUCCCGGCUAUAAGGAGAAGAACGAGCAGUAUCUGUACGAAGACCUCAUGUGCAUGUCCGACUUCCAGAUACAUCAGCUCACACAGCAGUAUGAGUGCAUAAGUUCUUUUGCCGUGCCCGACCGUCUCAUAGAAGAUUCUGGCAAGUUCCUCAAACUAGAUGAAAUGUUACCCAAACUCCAAGCCGAAGGUCACCGGGUGCUGAUCUUCAGCCAGUUCACCAUGAUGCUGGAUAUCCUGGAGCCCUACCUCAGACUAAGGGAUUACCGCUACUUACGCUUGGAUGGUAGCACUGCGGUUAAUGAGAGGCAAGAUUUAAUAAACCAAUACAAUUCAGAGGAUAUCUUCGUGUUCCUACUGUCCACCAAAGCGGGAGGCUUGGGUAUUAAUCUGACUGCAGCAGACACUGUCAUUAUUCAUGAUAUCGACUUCAACCCAUACAAUGAUAAACAAGCCGAGGACAGAUGUCACAGAAUGGGUCAGACCCGCCCCGUGACGAUCUACAGACUGUUGAGUGCGGGCACCAUUGAGGAGGCCAUAUAUCAGGUCGCGCAAGAGAAGUUGAAUCUCGAGAAACAUGUGACCGGAGCUGAUGAAAAUGAACCAACGGAACAAAAGAAUGUAGUGCGCCUCCUGUCCGCUGCUCUCGGUCUCACUUCACCCAACAAA